AUGGAAGACGAUCUAGAGAUGGGAGACCUCUUCAAGGACCCAGAAGGGUUCUAUGAGGAGGAGAAGCCACCCACUUUUGCAGAGCACCAGAUGCUUUGCGGCAAGACGGUGCGCGCGACCAAACCCGCUCAAGUGGCUCCAACGCCGCUGAGACGAUCGACGAGCCAAAUUCUGACAACGUACACCAUUCUCUUUCUCUUACAGGGUAACUUGCUUUGGAAUGCCGGUCGAACAAGCUCGCACUACCUCGAGGAACACACAGAUGACCUCAUCCGCGACAAGGAUGUACUCGAGAUCGGGGCCGCCGCGGGGGUGCCUAGUAUCGUGAGCGCCAUUCAGGGCGCCCGCACUGUGGUCAUGACCGACUACUACGAUCCCGACCUGGUAUCAAACAUGCAGUACAAUGCCGACCUAGCCUUGGACAUGAUUCCCAAACGGGCAGACUCCCAAAAACGACUGCGGGUGGAAGGAUACAAAUGGGGGAACCCGGUCGAGCCCUUGUUUGCACACCUGCCUGUUUCGCCCCCAGGGGAACCGGCCGGGUUUGACGUCCUGAUCAUGGCAGAUGUGAUCUACAACUACCCCGAGCACGCAAACUUGGUCAAGACCAUGCAGCUUACGUUGAAAAAAACGCCCGAAGCGGUGGCAUUGGUGAUCUUUACACCGUACGAGCCAUGGUUGCUGCCUCAAACCGAAAAGUUCUUUCCGCGGGCGGAAGAAGGUGGAUUCGCCGUGACCAAGAUUUUCCAGAAGAUGAUGGACCAUGUGCUGUUUGAGAAUGACCCCGGUGAUGAGAUUCUUCGCAAGACGGUCUUUGGAUAUGAGCUUCGAUGGAAGCCAGAACAUUUGGACAGUCGUUCAUCCUAG